AAUAUCUGUCUAGACUUGUUUGUAAACAAAUUAGACUAGUGUCACUAGAUCUGUAUACCAACACUUAGCUAGAUUUAGAUUAGGAUAUUAUAUCUAGAUCUACAUCUCAACCAAAAAGGAUUUAAACGAUGUUCUUCAUUUUGUAACGAUAGAAUUACUAAAAUGCGUGGCCCAAAAUAUAGACUCAGUCCCAAUGAAGUAGAACGUCUAGUUAGAGAGGAAAGAGAACGGCGUAGGAAGCUUCGUAUUUUACAGGUGAGAGAGCAAGCAAAAGCGAAUGCAGCUUCAAUUAGAAAUGACGUUAGACGGGUCAAGGACAAGCUUCUUCAAAACAUGGCAACAGAAAUAAAGGAGCAACUGGAAGCAGAAAAAGAGGAGAAACUGAAGCAACUUGAACAUAGAUAUGAAAAUACAUUGCAUAGUAUUGGUGAAGGUCAUAAAGAGGCUCAUAUACAUGGAGAUAUAGAAAACAGAGCUGAGAAACUAAAGAAACAAAGAGAAGAGGAACUGGCUGCCCAGGACAGAUUUAGACAAGCCUUGGACUUAAAGAAAAGAUUAGAUGCAGAGAAGGAAUGGGAACAGAAUAAACAUGUUCUUGCUAGGAAAGCUGCUCUUGAAGUGGAAAAAGAACGAGCUUCUCAAAUAGCUUCAUUACCACCCCCACCACCUGAUAUAUCUGUAGAGCUUGAGAAAGCAAAAAAAAAACCCAUUCCAAUGAUGGACAUGAAAGCAUAUGCUACCACACACUUCCAUAUACCCGACUACCAUGUUGUUAAAGCAGGGCCCGAGGAACAAGGCAUGUACAAUGCUAAGAAGAGCGCAGAAGAAACAGACGUCAAACUGAAGCAGGAUCUUCAGGCUUUAAAACGUUCAAAACAUGAGCAGAUUGAGAAAGCCCGUAUCCGUGGCAAUGAAGCUUUGCAGAAAGAGAUGUUGAAACAUGACCUUGGAGAUAUGUUGAAAGAUUUAAGUCUCCUACAGAAGAAAGAUCGACGUAGAAGGCAAGGCAUUGUCUCUGACCUUCCUAAGCAGGUGUUUGUACCUCCAGAGAAAUGUCUAGAAGAGAGACAAGAGAGACAGAAAGAAAUGGAGUCUAAGUUUGACCAACUUUAUCUUCAACACUGUAAAGUUGAUGUUGAAGAUCUCCAUAGUAUGAGUAUAUCAGAAUACCUCACCACGACAGACUCCAUAGAAGACACUGUAGCCCUAGAUGCCACCCCAGAUAUUUCCAUCCCAAUGUCUCGCAUCAACCCUGCUCUCAGAGACCUCACGAAUGUAGCCAAACAGGCAGAACCCACGCAGUUAAAAAAACCUGAAACAGUUCUCAGGCAGCUUCUCAACCGCAUCAAAGAACAGAGGGAUGACAGCAAGCUCAUCACCAUGGCUAAGGAUGCAGGUGGGCCUCAUUCAGCUGCAGCCUCAUCUGCACCACAGACUGAAGACAAAGUUGUUGCUGAGUCAGAUGGACAAGGAGUCUCCUCCAAACCUGGCCCAGUCCAGCAUAUAACAAGCAGUUCAGAUGAACAGGUUGUGGACGUUCAGGGAACAGACAAGACUGAACAGAAAGGCAAUGUAUUUGAAGAGAAGGCCCUGGCUGAUCCUGACAAGAUAGCCAUCAGUAAUAACAAUAAAAUGAUUGAAGAUCUUUUGAAAAGAAUUCAAACAAUAGAAGAACAGAAACAACAACUGGCUCAACAGUUCCAAGCUCACAAUGGCUUCUACAACAAACUGGUCUCUGAUGACAUUGUCAGCUUGGACCAGACUGACUACUCCUCUCUGAUGGAAGUAGACAUCAAGUCAGGAGAGGAAGUAGCUGAGGCUCCUCAGUCAAAGCUAUCAGACAGUUGUUUGCCUGAAAAAAAGUUGGCUAUGGGAGAAGUGUUUCUGAAAGACAUGCAUAACUUCUCAGGUCAAGGCAUGGCCAAAAGGUCUCAGCCUAAUCAGAAUUUUGUGGAUUCAAAGCUUUUUAAUGAUGGCCCAUGGUACAAAGCAGGGACUUUGAGUGAUGAAGAUUUGAAUAAGAAAUUUAUUUUGCAUGAAAAUAGGGUCACUUUUGAUCAUAAUCCAUCCUAUAAGUACUACGAUCAAGCUCCAACAAGAGAAGGUCUAGACAGCAGGUUUGCAUCUGUUAAAGUACCACAGAGACCAGCUGUAACUUCAGUAGGUAUGACUGGAGUGAGUUGGUCCCAAGCUGGUGAUGCAGGAAGUGUGACACAAAAAUUAAUGGACUACAAAGAGAAGGUAAAGGAGAAACAGGCAGUGAUGGAUGAAGAAACUACAAGACGGGUUAGAGAGUACCAGCGUAAAUUGUUUGAAACACAUGAAGAGCGUAAAAAACUUUUAGCUGAAGUCAGGGCUGAUAUAGAAAAGAGGCGACAAGAGUUGAAACUGGACGUGCCUUCUGUCAGCAAUGAAGACAUGAGUAAAUCUUCAUCUUCAUUCAAUCAACUUCCCCCCACUUACUCAGAGGCCCAGGGCAAGGCAUGGGAGCCAAUCAAACCUUUUAUAGCCGAGCCCAGGCAUAAAUUGGUUACAUCUCAGGUAUCAGAUGAUCGAUUCUCUCAAUGGCUCUACAACUCUGGGCAAAGAUCUAUUCCAGCUCAGCUCAAUAAAGAUGAAAAGAAAUCUGAGGAUGCUGCUGGAACGAAAUCAGACAAAAUCAGAAGAUCCCUUACAUUCCCAGAAGGGGAUGACUCUCUCAGUAUCACCUGGAAUGACACCCCAGCAUCAAAAUGUUCACAGGACCUCAGCAACAACUCUCGGUUAUAUUCAAGUGAAGAAGACCAUGGUAGCCCUAUCCUAUCUGACAAGUCAAGGCAGUCAGACAACAAAAGUUUCUCCUCUGUGCUAGUGGCAAGGGCUGCAGAGAGCAGGAAAGAAUUCCAGCUAAGGCAGGAUGAGCUCCAGUCUCAACUAUUGGAAAUUCAGAAACAGAAAGAUGCCAUUCAAGAGAAAUACAAUGCUGGCCAGAUGGUACUCCAACAACAGCAAUUGGCACUGAAGUCCAAGCUGGCACAAGCAACUGUAGGAUCUAAAGAAGAAAUGAGGACUGGCCCUGCUGUGCUUAAAGCAAAACCUGGCCAAGUUUCUGAGCCUGUUUUACACAGAAGCUGGGAAACGUUUUCUGGUUAUGGAGAAGACUUGAGCCCCGUAGACAUAACUGGUACCUAUUAUGCAGUUUCUCGGCCAGACUCAGUUGGAUUUAAUGGAAGUCGAUUGAGUGACACGACAAGUGGAAGACAUAGUCUUGGUACACCUGGCAACCUGUCUGCUGACUCAUACUUGGCAGACAUUUCUUUUCAGAAGAUAAAGUCUGCAGACUUGAAGGGUUUGCCCACAUCAGCCUUCAUCUCAAGAGAUUCCAUCCAGUUCACCAACAUGCCAAAGCCUAUACCUGUUCUAGGAACUUCACAGCCAACCUGGGCAUCUCUUCUGAAGUCAUCUUCUGCCACCAACAACCAGGCUUAUCAGCAAUCUUCCAUGCAAGACUUCACCCAGCAAACUGCAGCACCUAGCGUACAACAGAGUCUCUCUGGAUUUUCAUCUUUUUCAAGGUCAACUUUGGAAAUGUAUCCUACAGACCGCUCAGCCAAUUUUGAGUCAAUACAAGAUGUAAUGAAAACUCUUGACAGCCAACUGUCUGUACAACCCAACCCGGGAUUAUCAGAUCACCAGCCACAUGAGCUGAGCACUAUUCUGGAAGUGGACACACCACUAUCAGUCCCUGGAAAGCAGUCAGCUAAAAGACAGGCAACCACCAUGUCAAACAGCCAGUCCUCAAGUAUCAGUGGUAGCAAAAGUAUACAGUUCUUUUCUCUCGUGCCAGAUUUCAAAGUGGACAUCUUCAAAGAAUCUUACACUCUUCCUGCAAACAGCAAUGCCAACCCUGGCCUUCAAGGAACUGUUUUCACUUUAUCGAGACCUAGAAGUAAUCUUCAGAUUAAUGAACCAACUAGCAAUCAAGGGUUGAUCACAGACAUUGGAGAUCAAAUACUUGUGGGCUCUAAGCUCGGAGCUAAACGAACAUUGAACUUUUCAGAAGAUCCCAACUUACUGCCACGGCUUGACAUGAGUGAUGUUGCAGAAGAAGAAGAUUUGUCUUCGACGACAAUGCCACCCUUGGUAAAUUUAACUCCAAUUAAACCAUUAAGCCAAGACAUCAAUGUCAGUUUCCAGAAUGAGUCUCUGUCCAACUUGGCAGACACAACACCAUUAUCAAACGAUAGGACCACCAGCCUGAAUAUCACCGGCUUCAGUGACUAUCUAAAAUCUACUGCUGGAGAAGAAGGCAGCACAGCAAGCAGAAUACUGUCUAACCAAAGUUUUCAGGAAAUGCCCAACUCCAGUGGCCAAGAAACUAAAAAUGAUGACUCUACCAAUCCAAAGGAUACCAGUAGCCAUGAUGAUCUGAUGAUCUCAGAAACCCUUAAGCAAGCUCAGGAGUUUGACACAAUGCUGAUGUUGCGUCUGCAGCUGCAAUCAAGAGCUGUGUUUGACAACAGCACCAAUACCACAGCCAGUAUCUCUGGGAUCUCUGACGGCUUGACUGCAUCAAUCACUGCUGAGCUGGAAGAGAUCACAAUAUCAGAGCCAGCUACAACAGAUGCUGAAGUAAAUCAGUAAUACAUCAUUCAUUUAACCUAAUACAUCAUUCAUUUAACCUAAUACAUCAUUCAUUUAACCUAACAGAAAAAAAAGAACAUAUUAAAUAUGUUUAUAAUGCAAGUGAAAUAUCUUACAUUACAUUAGACAUUUUCUGAGGUUCUGUAACUUUUGUACCAGUUCAAACUUAUAAAACAGAAGUCUAGCUAUAAAACACUUUGAUAUAUUGUAUAACAGUGCUUUAUGUAUUAUAAUAUAUAUGUAAUUAUGUAUGUGUAAAUAUUUUGUGUGUACUGAGAUGUAUUUUAAUGAUCAUUGUACUAGUAACUGCACUAUUAUACUUAGCGAGGAUUUCUUUUUAAUUUUAGGUCAGACUAUAGUCCUGCCAAUGUAUUUUUUUUUUACAUUUAUUUAUUUUAAAAUGUUACUUUUUUAAAUAAUAAAUUAACCUUUUUUUUUUUGUCCUAGGGAAAUGAUUCUUCUUUUUCUCUAGUUUCCAUUAGAUUUAGAAAGU